UCGCCAAACGGUCCUUUCCCUUUCGGCUUUGGUUGGGUUAGGCUUGCUUUCCUCCUCCAGCUGCCCAAAGCCUGAACCGCAACCGCCGUGCAGAAAAAAGAAAUACCUGCGAUAGUUCCACGCCUAAAACUGCAAACAAAAACAAAGUCUUAGGGUUUCUUUUCCAUUCUCGUCAAAUUGAAGAAUUGAAUUACAAAGAUGGCAACUUCUUAUGUUCUCUCUAACCCUACUCUUUCCUCUCCUUUCCUCCCCAGCAAACCUACUAAAUAUGGGCAAAAUACAAAAAAUAGGAUGCUAUAUGGCCCAAUUUCUAGAAAUAUUACCAGAGUUAAGUGUGCAGUGGAUGCACCCUAUGAAGGUAAUAUCUCAAAAUUUCCUCGAGUGAAUGUUUGGGAUCCUUAUAAGCGCCUUGGUAUCAGUCCUUAUGCUUCUGAGGAGGAAAUUUGGUCAUCACGCAAUUUUCUCUUAGAGCAAUAUGCUGGACAUGAGAGAAGUGAAGAAUCAAUAGAGGCUGCUUUUGAGAAGUUGUUAAUGACCAGUUUUAAAGAAAGGAAGAAAACAAAAAUUAAUUUGAAAACCAGGCUAAAGAAGAAAGUGGAGGAAUCUCCACCUUGGGUUAAGAGCAUACUCAAUUUUGUGGAACUUCCUCCAGUUGAAGUUAUUUUCAGAAGAUUAUUCCUCUUUGCAUUCAUGGGUGGCUGGAGUAUCAUGAAUUCUGCUGAAGGUGGACCUGCUUUUCAGGUGGCAGUAUCUUUAGCAGCUUGCAUAUAUUUUCUCAAUGAGAAAACAAAGAGCUUAGGCAGAGCUUUCAUUAUUGGUCUCGGAGCUCUUGCAGCUGGGUGGGUGUGUGGGUCAGUAUUUGUGCCCAUGAUUCCAACAGUUCUAAUACACCCGACUUGGACACUCGAACUCCUGACUUCAUUGGUAGCUUACCUUUUCUUGUGUGUGGCAUGUACUUUUCUCAAGUAAAAUCACAACACGGGGGAAUUGUAUUGAAGCUAAAUUCAUGUCCACAUUGGGUGAAAAUAUUUUUCUUUGAUAGAUUUUCAAUGCCAUGAAAUUCGGAAAUGAUAUGUCAGCUAUAACCUUUUUAAAUUGAUUCCAUGAUAAUGGUAGUGCUUCUUGAAGUAGCAA